CAGCCGAGGACAGAGGGAGCGGAAAAUGGCCCUUCGCGGGCUCGACAGUUCUUUGAGCGUGGUGCCCUGGGCUGCAGCCCUACUCCUCGUUCUGAGCGUGGAAAGGGCUUUGGCGCUACCCGAGAUAUGCAUCCAGUGUCCAGGGAGUGUGCAAAACUUGUCAGAAGUGGCUCUUUAUUGUAAGCAGACGUCAGACCUAUUGCUGCGCGCCCGCUGCUGCCUGAAUUGGAAGGGCACCAUACUGGGGCUGGAUCUCCAGAACUGCUCUCUGAAGGACCCUGGUCCAUACUUUCCUCAGGCACAUACUGCUAUCAUCAUAGACCUGCAGGCAAACUCCCUCCAGGGUGACUUGGCCAACACCUUCCGUGGCUUUACCCAGCUCCAGACUCUGAUACUGCCACAAGAUGUCAACUGUCCUGGAGGUAUUAAUGCUUGGGAUACUGUCAGUUUUUAUAUAAACAACCAAACCUGCCAAGAACAAAGGAACCUUUGCAACAGCACUGGGGACCCAGAAAUGUGUCCUGAGAAUGGAUCUUGUGCACCUGAUGGUCCAGGUCGCUUGCAAUGUGUUUGUGCUGAAGGCUUCCAUGGCUACAAGUGUAUGCGCCAGGGCUCCUUCUCACUGCUCAUGUUCUUUGGUAUUCUGGGAUCCACCACAUUAUCCAUCUCCACCCUCCUUUGGGGGACUCAGCGUCGAAAAGCCAAGGCUUCAUGAACCACAUAGGACUUCCAACUGACUAAAGAUCAUCCCCAUCUUAGUCCAGCCGGGAGAUUUGCUUCCUAGACAUCAUGGGUCAGCAGAUCCUCCCUCCCAAGGCAGAGGCCGCCGUCGGAAGGAGGAUGGAAGUUUGCACAACCCUGGGUGUUGUAGACCCAGUCCAGGAGUGGACUAGUACCGGUUCCCAUUUGUGCUGUUGACCAUAAUAAACAGUUUUUCUUUUUU